UUGUUUUAUUAGAGGUUAGAAAAUUUCAUGGACCAUUUGACCAAAACCUGUCAACAACAAACACAUGGACAAGUAAGAAAACAGAAAAGAUCUAUGUUAGUUUUUUUCUGUUUUCAUGUGUUUCUAAGAUUACAAGCUACAAAACCUAACUUAUCUUGUGCAGUUCAUCAUCAUCGAACUCUUUGACCAUUCAUUAUUCAAAUUACCUCCUUAACUUUUUGACGUCAACAAUUUUUUUCAACAAUAAUAGCACAUAAUGGCGAAAGAUAAAGAAGAACAAAACGAAGAAAAAUCUUCACCGUUAUCAUGUUUCAAGAACAUCUCAUUUCCAUUCAACACAAUUUUCUUGAUCGCAAACUCGAUUUUCCUAGCCACAUCAGCUUUCUGGUUUGUGACCGUCUCAAUGUUACAUUACAAGACGGAUGAAUGUAACCGGUUCGUGACAACUCCCGGAAUCUUCGUGAGCUUCUCAUUGCUAUUCAUGACUCUCGCAGGCUUCUACGCCGCUUACUACAAAUCCGAUUGUCUCUUCCGAAUCCACUUCUUCAUCUUAUUCUUGUGGAUUUUCGUGGUCGUGGCUAAAGCAGUUUUCGUUUACCGUCUCAAUAACGAGACCAAUCCUAGGUUGUACCCUGGGACGAAGAUACAUGAGUUUAGGUUGGAGGAUUACUCGGGAUGGGUACGUAGAUUGGUCAUCAAAGACGAUGAAUGGUAUCGUACUAGGAGAUGUCUUGUUAAGGACAAUGUUUGUAACAAACUAUUCUCUAACCAAAACAUGUCGGCUUCUGAGUUUCGUCAGAUGAAUCUAACUCCUAUACAGUCGGGUUGCUGCAAACCACCGCUUUCAUGUGGAUUAACUUACGUGAAACCAAACAUUUGGACAAUGCCAAGAUAUUAUAACAACGUUGAAGAUGAUUGCAAGACAUGGAACAAUACGGCAAACACAUUAUGCUUCGAUUGCGAUUCAUGUAAAGCCGUGACUAUUGCAAAUUUACAUAAUACUUCAUUUUCCUUAACAUUUAAUAUCCUUCAUAUCGUAUUUAGUCUUUCCAUUGGCAUUGUUGGUUGGUUUGCUUGGUUAAGGAUCCUUCGAGAAACUGAGAACUAGGUAGACUUUAAUUGUAACAUAUGUAUAAAUAUCCCAGUUCAUAAAAAACACAUGCGUAUAAAUAUAUAUUUCUCUUGUGUUUAU